UUGUCCUUCUGGUCAUGUGACAGGGGUGAGUCGCUUUGGCAUUUCCCAUUCCAAGAUGGCGUCGUUGCUGCAAUCGGAACGGGUUCUGUACCUGGUCCAAGGAGAGAAAAAGGUUCGAGCUCCGCUCUCGCAGCUGUACUUCUGCCGCUAUUGCAGCGAGUUGAGGUCGCUGGAAUGUGUCUCACACGAGGUGGACUCACAUUAUUGUCCCAGUUGCCUGGAGAAUAUGCCAUCAGCAGAAGCCAAGCUUAAAAAAAACAGAUGUGCUAACUGUUUUGACUGUCCUGGCUGUAUGCAUACUCUUUCUACUCGAGCUACAAGCAUUCCCACACAGCUUCCUGAUGACCCAGCCAAGACCACCAUGAAGAAAGCCUAUUACUUGGCUUGUGGGUUUUGUCGUUGGACAUCUAGAGAUGUAGGCAUGGCAGACAAGUCUGUUGCCAGUGGUGGAUGGCAAGAACCUGAAAAUCCUCACACACAAAGGAUGAACAAACUGGUUGAAUAUUACCAGCAACUGGCUCAGAAGGAGAAAGUAGAACGAGAUCGUAAAAAGCUGGCCCGGCGUCGAAACUACAUGCCGCUGGCAUUUUCACAACACACUAUUCAUGUAGUGGACAAAUAUGGUCUUGGAACCAGACUUCAGCGACCACGAGCUGGAGCUCCCAUCAGUACCCUUGCAGGACUUUCCCUUAAGGAAGGAGAAGAUCAAAAAGAAAUCAAGAUUGAGCCAGCACAAGCUGUGGAAGAAGUGGAGCCUCUUCCUGAGGACUACUAUACAAGACCAGUAAAUCUAACAGAGGUGACUACCCUGCAUCAGCGGCUCUUACAGCCUGACUUCCAACCAAUCUGUGCUUCCCAGCUCUAUCCUCGACACAAACAUCUGCUGAUCAAGCGAUCCCUGCGCUGUCGAAAAUGUGAACAUAAUUUGAGUAAACCAGAGUUCAAUCCAACAUCCAUCAAAUUCAAAAUCCAGCUUGUUGCUGUCAAUUAUAUCCCAGAAGUCAGAAUCAUGUCAAUUCCUAACCUACGCUAUAUGAAGGAGAGCCAGGUCCUAUUGACUCUUACAAACCCAGUGGAGAAUCUCACUCAUGUGACACUGUUGGAAUGUGAAGAGGGAGACCCUGAUAACAUCAAUAGCACUGCUAAGGUGGUUGUUCCCCCCAAAGAACUUGUCCUAGCUGGCAAGGAUGCAGCAGCAGAAUAUGAUGAAUUAGCAGAGCCUCAGGAUUUUCAGGAUGACCCUGACAUCAUAGCCUUCAGAAAAGCCAACAAAGUGGGCAUUUUCAUCAAAGUCACCCCACAGCAUGAGGAAGGUGAAGUAACCGUGUGUUUUAAGAUGAAGCAUGAGUUUAAAAACCUGGCAGCUCCAGUGCGCCCUAUUGAGGAGGGUGAUCAGGGCUCUGAAGUUAUCUGGCUCACCCAGCAUGUGGAGCUCAGUCUUGGCCCACUGCUUCCAUGAUGGACCCUAACGACGAGCAAGCCUCAGAAAACCGCAUGGAGAUUCUAAUCCCAGAAUGGAACGUCUGGAAAUACUGAAACUACAAAUUUGUUAGGCCUCACUUAUGCUAUACACAUACACUACUGAGUUCUGUCAGGGGAGUUGGAAAUGUGGGCAAGGGACAAGAAAUGCUGAAUAACUGCAAUUCUUUCUUUCGCUGCUAUAAUACUCACCAUGUAAAUCUUUGAUUCCUUCACAGCCUUUUUGCACUUUGAACUGCAACACUGUUUGAACACAGAGAAAGGUGCCUCUUGCUAAAGUGGUAUUAGCUUCACAGUUCCCAAAUUGCUGCUUGUUUUUUCUACAAAGCAGUCUUAUGAAUACAGAUCAGAAUCUUACAGAAGAAUCUUCAAGCAGUAACCAAAAAUGGGCCUGCUGUUAUUUGGCCAAUAUUUAGAAACAGAACACUGUUAAUGUAUAGGCUGUUCUGUGCAUUCCACUAGAAAUUUUUUCAGCAGUAAAUCUAUUUCCCUUAGCAUCUUCCACUACAUACUGAAGAACUGACUUGUCUGUUGUAGCUUGCUUAGUGAUUGGACAAUUUCUGAUCCUUAAGCAGCUGUUGCUUGCCUUUUUGUUAGGAACAUGUUCUGCUAUUCACAAUAUGAAAUGAAACACCUGACAUUUUCAAGAUUGCUGUUAUUAUCCUGUUAUUAAAUGAUAGAAUGUGUUCUUUUAAAGAAUUAUUUUAAAAGCACAUAAUUACAAGGCCAAGAAUGAUACAUUUCAUUGUGUUGCAAAAAUUUUACUGAGAAGUAACUUUUUUCCUUCCUUCUGUUCUUGUCUCUUUAAUUUAGUAUUUGGGAACCUCAAAUGCUUCUAGCUUUUGGAAAGUUUCCAGAGUCCAAAGGAAGUUUAAGUAGAUAAGAUCAGUAUGCUUAAAACUUAAGGUUAGAUUAUUAGGCAUGUCUUAAAUUUAUGUUCUUUCCAGAAAUUUAAGGGGAAAAUUAAUAACUAUAUUCUCUUAGAUUCAAGAAUGAACAUAAAGAAAAAAACUGCCAUCUACUUCCUUCCUGGGUUCCUGGCAUUUAGCUACAUCUAGAUUUGUCAGGUAGUUAUUUUGAUUUUGGCAAAUAAAG